AUGAUUAGGUCAACAUAUAAAUUUAAUAGAAUAUUACUCAACAACUUUAAUGAAAAAAGAAAAAAUUUAAAUAUAACACACUGUGUAUUUUUAUAUACACAUAACAUACAUUCGUGCUUUUAUAAAAAAAUACAUACAAAUAAUAAUUCACAAGAAAUAAAAAAUGAUACUACCGUAAAAAAUAAUAAUAAUAAUAAUAUUUAUAAUAAUAAAGAAAAAAGUAAGAACAAAAUUUACUCUUUAAAAUAUGUUUUUGCUGUAGGUUUCUUAUUUCUAUAUGGAACAUUUGAAUGUAUAAAUAUCAUACAACAUAAUGAGGAUGUUCAAAAAAAAAUAAAAAUAUAUCCUAGUUUAUAUAAUAUUAUUGAUAAAGAAAUUAUUCCUCUUAAAAUUAAAUAUGACAAAACGUUUAUACGAUUUAAAACAUAUAUAGUAGAGUACAUGAAAAGUAUUGAAAAGGUAAACGAUUAUUUUAUUCAAAUAAAUUCUCUUAUUUUAAAAUAUUAUUAUAAUUUAAAACAUGUAAUUAUUAUAAAAAUAACGCAUUUUUUAGAUUUAUUAGAAAAAUUCAAAUUACUUAUUACAAGCCAAGAAACAAAUCAUAUGGUCAAGAAAAUUAACGAGGAUUAUGAAAAAAAUAUAAACGAAAAAAUACAUGAACAAGGUAAUCGACUUAAGGGGGGUGAUACAAGCGAUUAUAGAAAUAAUAAUGAAAAGAUCUAUAUAUCCAAUCAUUCUGAGGAUAGACUAAUUCAAUCCACAUCAAAAAAAGAUGAUAUAAAAGAUUACGAAAAUUUUUAUAUAUCAGACGAAGGAGAGGCAAACAAUGUAACUAAUAAUGAUCCUAUUGAUAAUACAAGAAAGAUUAUUACAGAUGUAGAUGAUAAAUAUUUACAAGAUGAUAUAAAAGACAUCGUUGAAUUAUUAGACAAUCAAAAUUUAUUUCAUAUAAAAGAUGUUGAAUAUAAUAAAGAAAACAAAUCAGAUAUUAUCAAUAAGAAUGUUAAUACAAGUAAUUAUCUAACCGAUUUGGAUCUUUAUGAAUAUAAUAUGAAUAUGGAAAAUUAUGCAGAGAAUAAUGAUGAACCGACCAAAAAAAAUUUAGACGAAGAAAAAGAAUAUCUAGAUAAAGAUUAUAAAAAUUUUGAAGAUCAUCAAAAAUAUCCAAAUGGUGAUGAUUCAAAUACAAUAUAUAUAUCAAAAAACGAAAUGAAUAAAAAUAUAGAUUAUCAUGAUAAUACUAAUUAUACUGUAAAAGGUGAGGAAAAGGAUAUAUAUACAAUUGAAGAAAAAAUAAAUCAAAAUGAAAACUAUGAUCAAAAUAUAUAUGUUGAAAAUAUGGAUAAAAAUAUUUAUGAAGACAUCAAUAAAUAUGCGCAGAUUGAAAGAGAUACAAAUUAUAUAAAUGAAAAGGAUAAAGAUACUAUAAUAUUAACAUAUAAUAAUGAAUAUGUAGAUAACGAUGCUGUCAAAAAUAUAUAUGAUAUAAAUUUAAUUCAAUCACUUGAUGUAGAGAAAAAAUGUCCUAUUACAUAUUCUGAAGAAACAAACAAAAGUAACAAUAAAAUGGUUAAAAAUUGUGAGGAAGGAAAUGUAGAUAAUAUUAAUAAGAAUAUAUGUAAUCAUGAUGAACACAACAAAAUAGAUACUCCUGAUUUGGUCAUGAAUAAUGUGAAUGAUAUAAAAAAAAAAAAUAUAAAUGAGAAGAAUUAUAGAGAUGGAAGAAAAAAAAUAAAUAAAUUAAAUAAAUCUAAAAAGGAAAAAAGCAAAAAAAGUAAACACAAUGUUUCACUACAAAAUCAUGAUAACAAUACAACUCAUAUGAGAACUUAUAAACAAUCGAAGAAAUAUAAUAUAAUACAAAAUAUGCUAUAUAAUGAUAAACAUUUUAAUAAUAUAUUUGACAAGAAAGUCAAACAGUUUGAAGAUAAAAUAGAUAAAUUAAAUGAAAAACAAUUAAAAAAUAAAAUUAUAAAAAUGUUUGUGAAUGAAUUAGUUAGUGAAAAAUAUAAUCAUAUAUUAUUAGAAGAUGAAAAAGGAACAUUAAUAAAAGUACUAAGUAUAAAAUAUAAAGAUAUAUUUUUAAAAAAAAAAAAAAAAUUUGAAAAAUAUAUGAAAAAAUUUUUGUUAAAAAAAUUGAAAGCAGAUGAAAAGAUAUUAAAACAAAAUUAUAUGAAAGAAAAUAAAAAGUUUCAAAAUUAUAUGAUCAAUAUUAAAAAUGAAGAAUUAGAAAAAGAGAAAAAAAAAAUUGAAGAACAAUUUCAAUUAUUACAAGAAAAUUAUUUAAAAAAAAUGAAUAUAUAUAUAUCUCAUAUUAAUAAUAUAAAAGAUAUAUUUACAAAAGAAAUAAACAACAAAUUUAAUUUACAAAAGAUUAAUAAUAUACAAAACAAAUUAGUAAAUCUACAAAAUUGUCUACUUCAUGAUAUAUCUAUUGAACAUAUAUUAAUAGAAUUAAAAAAAGACUUACACAAUGAUAUAUAUUUAAAUAAACUCUUUAAAAUAUUACCUAAUAAUUUUUUUUCUCAUAUAUUUAAACCAUCUAAUAAUAAUAAUGAAGAAUUAAAAAAAGAAUUUUAUUAUUUAUAUGAAGAAUGUGUUCAACAAGCAUUUCUAAAUAAAGAUGAUAAUUAUUUUAAACAAAUCUUAGGAAAAAUAAUGUCUUAUAUAUAUAUUAAAUAUGAAUAUACAUUAAAUAAUAUACUCAUUAGUUCAUCUAACCAUAGUAUUUUAAAAAAUAAUUUAUUAAAUCUAUCAUAUGCUUUAAGUAGUAUACAACAUAAUAAAUUAAUUGAUACCUUGAGAUAUACAAACGACUUAACAGGAAAUUGUAAGGAAAUAUUUCUUUCUUUUAAUGAGCAUAUAAAAAAUGUUAUCUUAUUUAAAUUUUACCUCAGAUUAGUUGUCUCAAGAAUAAUGCUUCUUAAUAAAACAUUGAAUUCAUGCGACUAA